GUACCUGGCAAGUGGCUCUGGAGACACCACCGUCCGCUUCUGGGACCUCAGCACGGAGACGCCGCAGUUCACGGCCAAAGGUCACCGGCACUGGGUGCUCAGCAUCGCCUGGUCACCCGACGGCAGGAAGCUGGCCUCGGGCUGCAAGAACAGCCAGAUAUUUCUCUGGGACCCAGCCACCGGCAAUCAGAUCGGCCGGGUGCUCACCGGCCACUCCAAAUGGAUCACGUGCCUGUGCUGGGAGCCACUCCACAUAAACCCGGAGUGCCGCUACCUGGCGAGUGCCUCCAAGGAUGGCAGCGUCCGCAUCUGGGACACGCUGAUGGGCAGGUGUGACAAAAUCCUCACCAGCCACACGCAGUCGGUGACGUGUGUGAAGUGGGGGGGCGAUGGCUUGCUCUACUCCUCCUCCCAGGACAGGACCAUCAAAGUCUGGAGGAGCCAAGACGGGGUCCUGUGCCGCACCUUGCAGGGCCACGCUCACUGGGUGAACACCAUGGCCCUGAGCACCGACUACGUCCUCCGCACCGGCGCCUUCGAGCCGGCAGAGGCCACCAUCAACCCCCAGGAUGUGAGCGGCUCCUUGGUAGAGCUGAAGGACAGGGCACAGCAGAGGUAUGACCAAGUCAGGGGCCAGGAACCAGAAAGGCUCGUCUCGGGCUCGGAUGAUUUCACCCUCUUUCUCUGGAGACCAGCAGAAGACAAGAAACCCCUGGAGAGGAUGACAGGGCACCAGGCCUUGAUCAACCAAGUGCUCUUCUCGCCCGACACCCGGAUCAUCGCCAGCGCUUCCUUUGACAAGUCCAUCAAGCUCUGGGAUGGCAGGACAGGAAAGUACGUGGUGUCGCUGCGGGGACACGUCUCGGCCGUGUACCAGAUCUCCUGGUCAGCAGACAGCCGCCUGCUGGUGAGCGGGAGCAGCGACAGCACUCUCAAGGUCUGGGACGUCAAGACAAAGAAGCUGGCCAUCGAUCUCCCCGGCCACGCCGACGAGGUGUACGCGACGGACUGGAGCCCGGACGGACAGAGGGUUGUGAGUGGAGGGAAGGACAAGUGCUUGCGGAUGUGA